AUCUCAAAAUUGCAUAUUUGCAUCAACGAAGCAAAAUAAGUUGCAGUCUGUAAUUGUAAUUUAUUAGUCACAUCGUUACUUGUUACUUUGAGCUAUACCUUGGAUCAAGGAAUGUAAAAGUACUUGCUAGUCUCAAAAAGCUCUUGCCGGUAUAGCAUUUUGGUCACAACUUUAUGCACAAGAAUUGGCGCCGAAUAAUAUGAACAUUUCCACUGAUUUUGGACCGGAUUCCGGUGGCCGUGUUAAGGGACUCACCAUCGUCAAACCCCUGGUGUACGGUAACAUAGCCCGGUCCUUUGGCAAGAAACGUGAAGAGGACGGCCACACUCAUCAGUGGACAGUGUAUGUGAAGCCGUAUCGCAAUGAGGACAUGUCCACGUACGUAAAAAAGAUCCACUUCAAGCUGCACGAAAGCUAUGUCAACCCGAACCGAGUCGUAACGAAGCCCCCCUUCGAGGUAACCGAAACCGGCUGGGGAGAAUUUGAAAUUGUGAUAAAAAUUCACUUUCAUGAUCCAACCGAACGACCAGUUACAAUGUAUCACAUUCUGAAACUUUUCCAAUCGCCGGUUCUGGAUGGAGAAGUUUCCAACCAGUUGGAGGGAAAGAAGGUGCUAGUUUCCGAACAGUACGAGGAGAUUGUGUUUCAGGAACCAACGCAGCUGAUGCAGCAGCUGCUGACCAACGUGCAGCCGCUAACCGGUGGCUCUUGGAAGCAUGAUACUGAUUUCGAAGACAAAAAAGUACAGUCGCUGGAAAAUAUCAUCGAAACGAAAGGUAAAGUAAAAUCGGAGAUAGCUUUACUAAAAGACAAGCUGAAACUAGCACGAGAGACGAUAGCGAAAUUUAAAACCGAAAUAGGCAAAGUACAAACUCAACAGCCGGCCACGUGAGGAUAAUCGAUCUUUUUUUAUCUGUAAAAGAUUAUCAAGUAUCCUACGAUUAUGAUAUAGCAUACUGAAGCAAUUCGAUUGGCUGGAUUAACAUCGAAAAGUUCUGAAAUAAAAUGUCUUAAU